AUGUCAUUCAUUCGCCGUCGUUCUUCAAUUAACCACGCCUACUUAAUAAACAAUAUACCUAUACCAUCAGUUAGCCACAAAAAAGACCUGUAUAUUUUCUUGUCAUAUGACCUCAACUACCCUUCUUACAUUCAAUCAAUAAGCUGUAAGGCUUAUAAAACCCUGGGAUUUAUAAAACUGAUAUCAUCCGACUUUAACCUCACCUCUUCUAUUAAAGCCCUUUAUUGCUCUCUAAUACAGUCUCAGCUUGAGUACGGAUCUGUCUUAUGGGACCCCCACACGGCCUCAGACUCCGCGACCAUUGAACGAGUACAAAGGCGUUUUCUAUUCUACGCCGGUUAUGUACUAGGUAUUCCCCACUCCUUACACGAUUAUUCUCCAGUUCUCCAUGAACUUAACCUACUAACUCUGGCUGAUAGAAGAUUAAAUAGCAACUUUAAGUUCCUUCAAAAUCUUAUCGGUGGUAUUUCUGAUGCUCCAUCACUCCUCUCCCUUAUAAACUUUUGCGUCCUUCCUCGUCCUACCCGUUCUACUGCUCCGGUUUCUAUUCCUAAGCGAUCUACUAAUUACAGUCAAAAUAACCCAAUAGACAGACUAAUGCGUCUAGCUAAUAACCACUCUUCUAUUUUAUUAUACUCGUAA